AAUGUGUCCAUUUUAAAAACGUUUUUUUUCCCAAUACUAAUUGCUAAUAAAAAAGAUUUAUUACAUAUUUCAGUUGAUUCUGCUUCAAUAAAUAUUACAAGGAAGUUACCUGAAACCUGGAACAUUCGAUCUGUUCUGUAAUCAGUUUAAAUCAUACUGUGUAUACAAUGAUCACAGAGGAAUUAGAGUGACGGAACAAAAUACUGUAAUGGAUGAAGUGUAUAGCACAGAAGAGGAGACUGAAUCCGAUGAUGAGGACGAAACAUAUAGCAAAUAUGUCAAAUCUGUUGUGACGGCUGAGAAAACUUCACAUACUCAAACUUCUUUUAAAGGAGAUCACACAGAGUCAUCGACAGAGUACCACUCCGCAAGCGUUGCCUUUUAUGCCAGGGAUGCAAAAACAAAAAAAGUGUAUGGCAUAACAAAUCGUCAUAUUACCCUUCAAACAGACAAAAUUGAUAUUAAAUUGUCAAAUAAAAACAAGUUUAUCCAGUUUGGGACAUCAGUUAAAUCUUUGGAUGAUAAACUUUAGAUAUAGGAUUGAUAGAGAUUGAUUCCUCUGUAAAAGAUCAGUUAAGCAAUAAAGAAAACGUAGAUCAGCGUGUUUGUAUCCAUUCUGGUCCAUUUGAAAGCAUUUUUACUAGGGAAAUAUUUAAAUACAGACCUAGCGAUAAACUUUAUGAAGUGUGCAAAUGCGGUAAACCCAAUUAUGGAAUUUUUGUUUCUGGGUCGGAACAUGAAGAGUCAAAACCAGAAAAUGGACAAUUUCUCGUUAAAAGUGAGAAUGGUGUAUUCGCCGUAAAAGGUGAAAGUGGUACCGCCGUAGCGUUCAAAAGAAAAGAAGACAAUGUAAUAGUGUUAGUUGGAAUUAUUUGCGGUGGAUCAGGCGACAAUACUGUCUGUCUAUUUAUUCCAGCUGUUUUUCAUUUUUAUAAGAACAGGUACGACAUGAUUCUAGAGUUGUAUGAUGAGUUUCAUGGAGGUAGAUAUGAUGAUAAAACAAAAUCAAGAUCAACUAUAGCUGUUUCUAAAGCGGUCUAUAAAGCUACGGCUGCCAAAUGUAUACCUUUUGGGGUAAAAAUAUAUUUCAUUUUGUUAACGCCGGAGCAAAUUUCUCCAUUUAGUUUCGAUCUGGUGGAUCGUGCUUUAUAUUUGAUAUGCUUGACCUAUAAAACUGUAAAUGUUAAAAAUUACGAGCGCUUGAUAGAAAGAGAACAUGAUUUAUCCCUAUUGGUCAGUCAAAGGUUGAUUUUGUAUGAUAACGCCAUCUUCAAAAAUGACAGACCUGAUUAUGUUGCAGUAGAAAAUGGCAUGUUAGCAUGCGAUUAUUUGUAUGUGGGUAAGGCGACAGCAGCAGAAAACUGUCUAAAGACAGCAAUUUUGUGCGUCUUAAAGUCAGAUGAUUUAGGACUUAGGUUGUUAUGUAAGCUCAUUACAUAUAUCACGUGGUAUUGUCUUGUCAAAAAUAAUAAUACUUCUUUAGACAAUUUGAAAGUUUUGCUUGAAAAUGGCUUGGAAAGUUUUGAAUGCGACUUCAGGAGCUUAAGAGGGUUUCCUUUGGAAUCAUUAGGAUACCUGUAUUAUGUUUAUUCUAGAUAUUACAUGACAAUGUGGGAUAAAAUGCGCGGGGGAGGUCAUGACCAUAGAAACUACACAACUGAGAGAAGCUAUAGAUUUAAAGCAGUUGAAAAAGCAAAACAAUCUGUGAAGAUUUUUCAGGAAGACCAUAAGGAGAAGAAAAGUGCUGAAACACUGAGAAGGCUAAUACUUGCAAAAUGUCAGCAAGCUUAUGCCCUACUUGGCUGUGGUCAUGAUUUUAAUACGAGCGAAGAAGUAUCAAUGGGAGAAAUAACAGAAGCUGAAAAUAUGAUCAGUAGUAUGAAGUCAGAUAUGAGUGAAAUGCCUUUAGUGCAAAAUGUGAAUUAUUUGAUUGCAUUAUGUGAUGUACAAUACAGAAAGGGAAAUACCUCAAAAGCUUUAAAAACGGCCCGAAAAUGUUUGGAAAAAUCUAGAAUCAAGUCGUAUUAUGUAGUACUUUGUAGAGCUAAAUUCAGAGUUGAAAAACUGUCUAAAUUAUGAUAAAAUGUCAAAAACAAACAGUAAAUUCUCUUUUGUGUUUA